UUCCCUUUCACUCUUUUUUUCCAUUUUCAUUUCAUUUUCAUAAACCUUUUUUUGCAUUAUAUAAUAUAGAUAUAUCUGGGUCCCUUAUUUCCAGUUCUAUUCUAUAUUCUAUAUUAAAACCAUACAUCAAAAAUCUCUUCAAAUUUCAAAUUCAAAUCACUCUCUCAAAUGGCUCAAAAUCAAAAUUCCUCCGAGUUCUGGCUCCCGCCUCAGUUCUUCACUUCCUCCAAAAACGACACCGUUUCAAACACUCUCUUUCCUUACUUAAUCACUUCACCCACUACCGUAACAGAACAACAACAACACAUCACCGAGUUAACUCGUCAAAUGACUCACUCUUCUCUUCAUCACAAUAAACUCGCUCUCAACAACAACCACUACAAGGAUGUUUUUGUCAAUGAUUUGCAACUAUUGAAGAUGAACGAGUUUGAGAAUGGAAGGUUCGUGAUAGGAUCAACUCAAAACGACAGCGUUUUGAAGUUGAACGAGUUUGAGAGUGGAAGGUUCGGGAUAGUAACAACUCGAAACGACAGCGUUUUGAAGCUGAACGCACGGAGAUCGAGGUAUGAUCUGCUACAUGCUGCUGCAGUAGAAGAUGAAAGGAUUCGUCAAGUUAACAACUUCGAAGAAGCAUUUCACAGUUUUGUUCCUAAAAAGCCCUCUGGAUUUCAUACUCAGAAUAGUCAACAUUCAUUUUCUCAGAAAAAGUUACAAUCACAAAUUGCACAAUUUGAGAUUUUGAAGAAAGAGUGGUUGAAGCAACGAGAGGAGUUUGUUAGAAGUUUUUCGGAGAGAGAAAGUGGAAAUUACCAAAAUAUCCCUAGUAGGAGCAAUGAAACGGUUUUUCAGGGUAAUGUUGGUUUGUCUUCAUCUGCUGCACCUGCAUGGCCAUCUUUCAAGAGUGGAAGCAGCAACAACAAGAACAUAAAUAAGGCCGUUUUUCACGGAAACCCUAAUUUGAAAAAGGAACGAAAUGGAACUGGUGUUUUCUUGCCUCGUGUUGCUGAUAGGAGUAAUAAUACUGAAUCAUCAUCAUCAUCAUCAAGAAAGAAACCAGGUUGUAAGAAUGUGAAUGUGGUUGUUCCUGAAAAAGUGGUUCAUGCUUUGAACCGGAAGGUUGAAGAGAGUAUGAUGAGAGAUUACAUGCAGCAAAAGAAUCGUUUUUAUGAAAUUUUAAAUAAUGAAAAUACUAAUGGUGUUGGAAGGAUUAGGGGUGAAAAUGGAUUUUCUCAGCAAAAGAGGAACGAGAAGGCACAUCAGAAUCAGACAGAGGGGAGCCUUGAAAUCCGGCUUCCUCCAGAAUGGACUUAUUGAUAGGUAUAAGUGGUGGGACUAGUGUUUUAAAAAUUGAACCGAAUCAGACGGUUUGAUUGCUCAAAUCGGUUGUUUAAAAAUUCGAGUGGGAGUCUGGCCGAUUCGAUGUAUAAUUCGAUUUUUAAAACAUUAGUGUAGGAUUAAGGUGAAUAAGUUUAGGAAAAUAGUACUAGUUAAUACAGGGUAAAAAAGAAUUAGGGUUAUCCAUAUUUGGGAAGCUAGAAAAAAUAGGUACUUAUUGUUUCUUAUUUGGAAAACAGAAUAGGGGGAAUGGCUAUGGCUUUGGCUUUGGCUUUGGCUUUGGCUUUGGCUUUGGCUUUGGCUUGGGGCUUAUUACAGGCUGAGGGGUAUUUUGGGAAAAUCACUAUCUGGAUGAUGGGUAGAAAUUUUCUGAUUUAGUACUAGUUUAGGAAAAAUAAAAGCAUAAUGAAUAUUGUGAAGGUGGUGAAGCACAAGGUUGGAAAUGAUUUGGUGAGAUUGUAAUUACAGCUUUGAAGAUUUCUGGGGAAUGUAAUGUAAAGAUCAUAUUAGUAUCCACCAACCAUAUAUUACUAUAUGAUACUGUAAUGAUAUAAAUAAAUGAACAUAUUUUCUUUCAA